ACUCCAUAUAACCGCUGGGAAUGAUUUUAUACCCUGUGGCGAAAUUGUGGUCAGGAUAAUGUAUCAUAUCGUCUUUCAUGAAGUAGGUUUUGAAAGACAUCCUCCGGUCAACACAGGGUCCUCCUCCUACAAGCAAUUUGUUUUUGUCAUCCACUGACCAAGCCGUAACUUCGUCUUUAAAGCAAGCAGCCAUCUCCAAUGCGUAAUUUACAGAGGUGCGGCAGAAAUGAGAUGCAGGGUGACUUUUUCCGAUGUCGUUUUUCUUGAUGCCAAUUUUGGCAUCAAUAAUGCCGUGGUAAUACUUGGAUGCUCUGUGCUUUUUAUUAGGAGCAACGAAAAGCCGUUUGACAGUGCUCGUAGAUACUGAUGCCGGAAGCCCAGGGAUUUCCCUUGCAACUUUUUCUCGUAACCUCUCGGCAGACACUCCGACUGAUGACCAGGUUUCAGACCUUCUUCUGUGUGCAGCAAAUCCAUGGUCAAGAAGCGCAGCCUCCACAGUCGGCACCAGUUUGUCGUAUUUCUGGUAGUACGCUUUUCUGCCACGCUUAUUUGGUAAGGCACCGCGUGCUUCAAAUGGAACUUCGUCAAACAGUCGCUUCCUUGAUGCUGGACACUUUGCAGCUUGAUCAGGACUGAGCAGUUCCGGUCUAAUCGGAGAGAUGCUGAUUUCUCCAUGGACAGGGCUAAAUGUAUGAUCACAUCGCAUUGGACUCAAACUGUACUCCAUCUUUUUGGCUGGUUUUACAAACUAAAUCAUUUUCAUGUGGGUCAAACACUGUGUGAUUAAAAAACAAGAAGUUGGCAUCGUUUGUCCAGUGGCCACGCUUCACAUCAUUCACCCUUUCAGCAAGCUCACCGAUGCUUGAACAGUAAUCCAAUAAUCGCACUUGUGCACAUACGUUUCGGGAUGCAUGCACAUUCAUGCAAUCAAGCCCUCCAUACAUGAAGUCCCUGAACUUUACACAAACUGUAAUUUUCAGGAGCGUGACACUGAUCAGUGGAAAAUGGAAAGCAGCUGCCAAAAGAAACGGGCGAACGGAUAUGACAGCGAAGACUCCGAUGAUGACAACGUUGCUCUGGCUGGAAUUCAAAAACGAAUGCAGUCAGCAAACCAAGACAAAGUCAAGGAUGUGUUUCAUGGCAUGAGUCAUCAGGACCAAACCCUGGAGCUCAUCCUUGAUUUACUUGGAGACAUCCAAUCCAAACUGGCAGCGGUGGAAAAGAGACAGGAGCGCAUGGAGCAAAAACAAGACCGUCUCCGCGAAUUAGUCAAGCUGGUCCUGGUCAGGGAAAGGAGAGAGAAAGCUGCCGACCCACACUCCCCGACAGAAGAUACACCGCGGGGCGAUCGCCAACAACCACUGUUUGAAAAUCGCCCACGUGUAUUGUUCGACUCGCCGGCCGUAUCCACUGGAGACGCAUAUCCCACACCGGUACCCGUACGUUCCAUGGCUGCAACCGAGACACCUCAAGAUGACGGCCGGGAUCCAAAUGAGUCGGAGAAAUCCGUCUCAUCGCCAGCAACGUUGAUGCCUCGCACUGUGACCGGUCCGGAAAAUGACACCUACCUACUUGGCGGGAAUGAGGGUAUGGUUCGCGCGGUUGACGACUACAAGGUCAUCCUGAAAGAGGUGCAGCAACGAAAACGAUGCACGGACAAUGACAGAGGAAGACUCAUGUGCAUCAACCUACUAAAACGAGAGAUCCCAAAGAAAGAACUGGCUGCCCAAAAUGUGACUGGAAAUUCCAGAGACGAAAAUAAUAAAAGAUGUAAGAUCCCUCAAAUAAACCGUAGCAUCGUACAUAGUAUUUUCAGUCAAGCAAAGAUGCAGUUUCCAGGAUUCACUGACUGGUACACAGACAGUCGAUGUAAAACGGUUGAGGCACUCAAUGAAUGUUGCAAGAGGGCUAGAUACGAAGUGAUUAUUCGAAAAACAUAGUUUGCCAAGUGUACUUGUAAACCAUUUACUCUAAACAUUAGUCCAUAUUACUUAAAAAGAUAACUCGUGCUUUCGUGUUCAAACGUGAAUUCCGGUUGGCUUUAAUAGUGUUUGUUUUGUAGUAAAAUAGCAUUGUUCAAACUCCAGGACAAGAUGUAUACAUGUACAUGUAAUCGUUAAUCUAAAUUUUAUUCACUUUAUUUGAAUUCAUUCCAAACUACUGAAUAGGAUGGUGCAAAACUAGAUUGUAAUUCAAGUCUCUUUAUCCUUGUGGCUUAUUAAAAGGUCCCAGAAUAUAAUUCCCACAUUAGACAGUCGUACCUUUUAGGUAUCUUUAUUUCAUUACUCUGACUUUAUUCAUAGCUUCCGUAGAAGAAUUUAAUCAAGUAAGAUGAAGGGUUUAUUCAAGUUUUAACAGCAUUGCCUUUAUCCUUAGUUUUAUUGUGAAAAACCUCCGUACAUUUAGAAGCAUUUGGUUGAAAAUUAAUUCACCAGUUGUAAUGGAAAGGAGUGGAAAAUAAACGUUAUUCCGAGUUUUACAAUGGAAAACUAGUGUUGUUAACGUUUCAAUGAAAAUGUUUCAAGUCCAAGUCAACGGGUAACUGAAAACCAAUCUUCAAACAAGAAAUGGAUUUUAAGUAAAACACAAAUCGGGAAAACGGGUAAAAAGCAAAAAACAAUGUCAUGCAAAUUGAGCAAUUCGAUCAAGAAGAUGAUUGUGCCGAUGGUAAAAAUUAAAAGUGUAUGUGUAAAUAAAGAUAAGAAACAGUUGAUGCCGUUGGCUGAUAAAAAUACCUUCGGUGAUGUAAGACAGAUUUCUUCUCCAUUUUGUCUCUUGUCUAUUGCAAUCUUGAACCAACCUAUAAUGUGGAAAUCACUGCGUGACAGUGCUAGAUGUGGGGAAAGAAACCAACAGAUUUUAAUUCAAUGGCAUGAGAACUGAUGCACGUAAGCCCGCAGACUCCGAUGGAGUUAGUUUUUUGUUGAAAGGGAUUAGUUGCUUCGGCCGUCUGAAUAAGCUGUGCUAAGCCUGUGGAGGAACUGGCUCAAUUUACACAACAAAGACGAUGCACAAUACCCAUUCAUGGUAAGCUGGGAGUCAGGGCUUUUAUACCAAGGUGGGGGAGAUGGUAGUAUGCAUCAAAGGGGUUGCCGCAUAGCCAAUUCUCUUUCGGGAAACGGUGCCUUGCAACCAUUACCCACUUGCAGUUGAACCGGGCAAUGGUUUGAAAGGGGAUUAAGGGCAACCAUUUCCCGCUUGGUCAACCGUUUCUAU